AUUUUGUGGUAGAAGUUACUUUCAGGUACUUUAUACAUAACUUAUACAUAAACAAAUGGCCUAAAGUUAACCCCUACGAAGGUUACAACUAAAAAAACUUGUGUGGAUGGAUACCUGUGGAUUUGUUAAUAAGCAAGAACUGAUUAAAACACAAAAAAACAAAGUAAAAUAUGUUUCUAAAGUGAUAAUAUUUGAUAACCAUCAUCUUAGAAUUAGAUAGAUAUUUAAGGAUUUUUUUUUCUGUUGAUAAUUGGCGAUAGGUUUGACAAUCUGAAAAUUGUUAGGUGAGUAAUACGAUUACAGUUGUACAGAUUAAGUGUUGCUACCACUAAGCCAGUUUGAGGUAUGUGUCAAACAGAAUUAACCUUCGUAAAUAUGUAUUUUUAUAGUCUAUCUCAUUUCUUGUUAUGUUUGCUAUGUAAUCAGAUAUACUCGUUGCUUUUCUUAUUUUUUGUUUACGUAAGAGAAGGAUUUGUGUUUUGGAAUGUUUCCCUAAUUAGCUAUUUGAUCAUCGGUGCAUGACUAACUUGUAAGUUGUAGGCCAAAUGAGAUGAAUCAUGUAUUGAUAUUUAGUGAAUCCGGCAAAACUUUCUCAGAAUUGAGUCAAAUGCUCUGGAUUCUUUUCAAAGAUAGUUUUUUCUAAAGGUUUAUUAAUGUUAAUAUAUUCUUUACAUUAGUACUAGAUUAUUUAUGGAUUUCUGUUUAGUGAAAAUAUUUCAACUGUGAUAAUGACAUGAUGCAAAGUGGCUUUUGGAAUAACCUCCUCCCAAAUUCAAAUGAUGGUAUUCAAUUUGAAAAUAUAACAGUUGAUGUAAUUAAUAAAGGUUGCUUUGGUCAUUUUAACACCUUAGCGUGUUUCAGGACUGGAACUUUGACUGUCUUGGGUAUUUUUACUUUAUUUUUAUGUAUUUAUCGUGUUGUACGAUUGCAUACAUUGCAUCAUCCUCAAAUUCAUCAGUUCUUAAUAUUUUAUUCUGCUUCUUUGGAAUGUACUUUAUUAAUUGUAAAAUGGCUUAUUGGAAUACAUUUUUCACAGUUGAUGUUUAGUGCUAGAAUACUUCGCUUACUUCAGUUUAUAUUGCUAUGUCAUUUUCAAUGGUCUCUUGUUACACGUAUUCUUCAUUAUGAAAGGCUUAUUACAUGGUGAGUUCAUAUUAAUUGUAACUCAUUUUAUACAUUUAUUUUACAAAAUUAGGCAAUUGCUUAUAAAGCAAAGUAAAGCUAGUAACUAGAAAAACAUGUUUACACUAAGUGACAAUGAUAAACACACAGUCAAACAAAGUAAAAAAUAUAUAAACAAAAAUUACAAUUAAAAACAUAUAUAUACUGCUGGCCAAGUAAA